CAAGGAUGAAGGAUCUUGUUCAUGAUCAAUCACCUAAAACGGGUUUGCAGUAUGAUAUAAAGCGAAAUUCACAAUAGCUCUCUACUUCACAAGUAGCAGCCUUGUAUACGUGACUGUCGACAAAGCCUUGCAUCUGAUAACAACGGACUUUAUUUAACUCGGUCAUAAUGGCGUUUGCUCAAAGCUGCAGGCGGAUGUUUGGCCUCUUCACUAGGAGAAAACAUGCCGUAAGAGAAUCGAACUCCACCCCGCUAAAGCGAUGCCUUACCGCUGCCGAUCUAACGUUCGUUGGCAUCGGAGCCAUGCUGGGCUCUGGGGUCUACAUCCUUCCAGGAGAAAUAGCCGGUGAGAUGGCGGGACCGGCGGCUGUUCUGUCCUUUCUCAUUGCCGGCUCGGUGGCUUUGCUGAACGGCUUCUGCUUCCUGGAAUGUGCAGGCCAGGUACCCCAGACGGGAGCAGCCUACGUGUACGCAUACGCGUCUCUGGGAGAGUUGGUUGCCUUCUUGGUCGGCUGGAAUGCCAUAGCAGUACGAGUCAUGUCACUCGUGUAUUUAGCGCAAGGAUGGAGCGCCUACUUCGACGACGUUCUCGGGGGCCACACACGAAAUUUCACCAUUGAAUUUGUUCUCCAGGGCGAGGAAUGGGACGCGCCUCCUGUUGCCAGCUUUCCUGAUUUCACAGCCGGUGUUGUGAUACUUCUCGGAAGCCUCCCUGUCGUGUUGGAUGUGGACAUGUAUGCUAUUGUCAACAAUAUAUUAAUAGCACUUAACUUGGCAGUUGUUUCUUUGCUAUUCAUAGUUUCCAUGUUCUGUUCGGACUUCUCCCUGCUUACAAAGCACGGGUUUUUCCCUUUAGGCUUCGCUGGUGUAAUGAAAGGUGCAGUGGCAGCAUUUGUAGGGUUCUGUGGAUUUGAGGCGAUCGCGCUCAGCUCUGAAGAAGCCCAAAACCCCAGCAGAGGCCUUCCCAUCGGCCUCAUCAAUGCCUUCGGGGCGUCAUUUUCAGCUUACACUGCUGCCACUCUGUCACUCACUGUCUUAAGCGACUACCAAGAGAUCCAACCACAAACUUCUUUUGCAUCAGCAUUCGAAAUGAUCGGUCUUGACUGGUUGAGGUAUAUCGUAUCCCUCGGUGCUAUCAGCAGUAUGACGGGAGGAAUUUUGAGUCACUCUUACUGUCUGUCUCGAUUCAUCUACCCGAUGUCACGUGAUGGGCUGCUCCCUGCGCUGCUUGCCAAAACCAACGAGCGAACCAAGACACCUAUCUGGGCCACCAUGUUUGGAACAUCCCUGGCCGUCAUUUUCAGUGUAAUGAUGGACUUUGUGAGUGUGAUUAAUAUCAUGUCUCUUUUGUAUUUGAUGGAGUUUAUGGUAGUUUGUGCCGCUGUAGUCAUUCUGCGCUACAGUCCCUGUACACAGAGUGGCUAUGUACCCCUGGACAGCGGAGAUGAGGAUAAUGGAGACGGGUCAACUCUUGAGAUGGCCGAAUUGAACCCACCCGACCAGGCGGUCAACGAACUGAAUGCGCUGACCAACACAGAAAGCAACGAAAGCACCACUGAUGCUAACCGAAUGCACGACUGCCUGGCGAAUUCUCCGUCGGAUUCAUCGCAAUCUUCAAUUCUUCACUUGAUAAAACGACACCCAAGGACGGCUGUGGUUUUCUCACUCGCUUUCCACUUUCUAUUCGAAGUCGUGUUGGUGGCGCUGUUGACAUACAUGAUAAAGGAAUUGCAGCAUCUUGAGGGCGCCUUCAUUUACGGGGUCAUUGUAAGCGGCAGCCUCUCUCUAAUGAUGUGCUAUCCUCUCCUGGUUCUACCUACAUACGACGCGGGACUUUCAUUCAAAGUUCCGUUGAUGCCAUUACUACCGCUCGUUGCUCUGCUGUGUGACGUCAUUCUAAUCGUCCAACUGGAUGCCCUGUCUUUUGCUGAGGGACUCAUCUGGAUGUUGUUAGGACUGUUGUUGUAUUUGGUGUACGGAGUGAGACACAGUUUGGCAAGUACGAGGUUUGAAGAGAGCGCCCCCAACGACAACUGAGUCCAGUGGUUUUGAAGACAGCGCCCCCAACGACAGCUGAGUCCAGUAGAGGCCUGCACUGAUUAGUUACCGUUUUCUUCUUAUUAUUAGUUAUUAUUAAUUACUGGUACUGAAACAAAAGAGUCCUUAAAAGCGCCUUAGGCACUGUAGCUCGCAAGCCUGAAGAAAUAUGUACAGA